UCAGAGGUGUACUAGGAGAUGAAGUCGAGAUGUCGACUUUGUCGCGAAGACUUUUCAGCCUUGGAUUUUAACGCCAAUGUUAGAGGUUUGUAGUCUGUUAACACCUUAAAGCCUCUUACUUCGAGGAAGUGCCUAAAAUGUUUGAUUCCUAGGAAAAUGGCAAGUAGUUCUCUAUCAAAGGUUGAGUAUCUCUGCUCGGUUGGUGUUGUUGUUUUUGAGUAAAAUGCCAACGGUUGACUUUCACCAUUGAGAUGAUGUUGAAGUAUCGCGCCAACUGCAUAGUUAAGUCGCGUCGUUAGUGAGAGAAUAAUUAGCGUUACUCUGUGGAUGAGGUAACAUGAUUGCAUUUGAUAGGUCAUGUUUUACUUGAAGUAUUGCUUGUUCACAUUCUUCUGACCAUUCAAAGUUUUGUUUACUCUUUUUGUCGUUAUAUUCAGCAAUGAGUUGAUACAAGAGGCUCAACUUGUUGGAAACCUGUGGAAUGAAAUGAUGGUGGUAAUGUAUCAUUCCUGCCAAUCGCUGAAAAUGUUUAACGGAUGAUGGAGAGGGAAAUUUUGUAAUUACCUUUACCUUAGAAGAAGAAGGAGUUAUACCUUUUUCAGAAAUGUUGUGACUAAGGAAAUCCUACGAUGGUACGCCAAGAACACAUUUGGAUGACUUUAUUUUGAUGUCAGGACUAGCUAGCCGAUGGAACACUUUAUGCAAAUGUUCAAUGUGCAUUUCUUUCGGUGGACUAGCUGUAAGGAUGUCGUCAAUAUAGACAAAGACAAAUUCCAGAUCGCUGAAAAUGCUAUUCAUGAAUCUUUGGAAAGUUUGGCUGAAUGAGGUGAUAAUAGCAGUGUUCGCGGGAGUUUUCGGAUGUGUUUUUUUUUUUGUUGCAGUGAUGAAUAUUAACCGUCGUUUGUGUUGCUUGGAAGUACGCAGGUAAGAGAGUUUAUUUUUCCUAGUGCACUUAUUUUUAAAAACCAGGCUACACGAUGCGAAAUUUCGUAAUGAUUUCGCUUACAAGGGGAGGAUUGGCGAAAUUAUUUCGUCAAAAACAAUUCGGUUCAUAUAGCCGCGUUUAGGGCAACAAAGCGCACACCCAGCAGCUGUCAUUCGAUCUAUGCGAAAUUUUUCUGUCAUUCCUCGCCAUGUUUGUAAACAUACAGGCAGUGUUGUUUCCGGUUGUUGAUUUGUUUUCCGGCGGUGAUUUGGAAAUAUUAAGGAUUUUGCUGUGAAAAGUUUGCAAUGGAGAAUCUGUUGAUGAGCGAAGAGUGGUUCGCUUCGUUAUCGUGGGUUGUGGAAUUGAAUGAAGUGAAUUUGCGAAGACGCAACAGGCAAAUUGUGCGCACGUGGUGGAUGCGACCAAUUUUUUUCCGGCGGCAAGAAGAUGGCAACCGCUUGCUGGAUAAUAUUGUCGCAGAACAAGCCAACGAAACCGUCGUUAACUUUCUUCGAAUGAAGAAGGAAGAUUUUAUUGUUUUGCUGCAAGCUAUAAGGCCGGCAAUAAGUCGCAUGAACACCAAUAUGCGUGACUCCAUCACAGCCCAAGAAAGGUUGCUAAUUACGUUGCGGUAUAUAGCAGCUGGAGAAACGUUCAGUAGUUUGCAAUAUUUGUUUCGAGUGAGUAUCUCGUGCGUGAGGGAUAUACUUAAACGAACAAAUUAUAACAUCUUUGUAUUAUUUCAGGUGUCUCGUUCCUCCAUAAGCAACAUAGUAAAGGAAACGUGUAUCUGCCUUACAAAAACUCUACGAUCAUAUGUGAAGUUACCAUCCACUAAAGAACAAUGGCUGGAAGUAUCAAAAAGGUUUUAGCAGCGUUGGAACUUUCCCCAUGCCAUUGCAGCGAUAGAUGGUGUAGAAAAUGCAUGAAAUAUUAAUUAUUACACGAAAUAUGGUUACAAAACAACACUAUAAGCAGAUAGUA